GUGAUAUGUCUUUGUUGUUUACCUCAAGAGAGGGCGCCUUUUUGUUGUGGUUCUGUCUUCAGACUUGAGCGAAGUCUACACAUUUUUUACACGAGUUUCUAGAGUUGUUGUUUUUCCCUGCAAAGUUUUACGUCAAAGAUCGCCUUUUCUAUUGGCCUUUCUAGCCAAGGAAUCAUACACAGUUGUUGAAUAUUACAACUACAUUUGACUACACUACCUACUGCUGUCACCAAAUAAAAUAGAAGCACAACAGUGGAGUACAGUUUCAUGUGCAGUUUUAUUGCAGCAACGUGUUAGACUAUUUCUGAUUUCAUCACAUCUUCAACAACUUCGUGUACCCCAAUAUGUGGAUCUUGCACCAUGGCUGAUGUCAACAAAUUGAAGUUAACCAGACGAAACACCAAGGGUCAAUUGACAAGAACAUUGACAACGAUAAACGACCUGGUGAAAGAAGAGGUUAUUGACCUGGAACUGGUGAAGAAAUUCAUAACCAAGGCUGAACGGCAGUUUGAGAAGUUGGAAGAGAAACACUCUGAGUUAAUGGAGGUCAUCGAAGAGCAGAUGGAGUUUGAAGAUGGGGAGAAAUGGAUGGGAGACUGCGAAUCACAGUUUGUCCAGAUUAUACUUCAUGCGAGACAGGUUGUCAACGACCAAUCGCAAUCAUCCGUGACGGACAAGCCCUGUCCUCCUUUGCCUACGACUUCCCAGCCAAGCCCAACAUGUACAGCUCCUACACAGCCUGUGAGCACAGGAACUGUACAGGCCACAUCCAGUAACCCAACACAUACGGUUCCCACAAAGCCUGUGAGCACAGGAACUGUACAAGCCGCAUCCAGUGACCCAACACAUACGGUUCCAACAAAGCCUGUGAGCACAGGAACUGUGUCAGCCGCAUCCAGUGCAGCCUUGCCAACACCACCUGCUACAUCUCAUCCUACGUCAUCAGCUCCAAAGAUGGCAAGGAUGAAAUUCCCUACCUUCAGCGGUAACAUCAGAGACUACAAGCGAUUCAAAGAGCUAUUCAUCCACUGCUCAGCAGGUCUAACUGAGAUCGAAUGUUUCUACCAACUUACAGAAUCAAUGGUCAAUGCCAAGGAACGCAAUCGUGUCAAGGGUUGCAUCAACGUCACGAGAGCGUGGCAAGUACUCGAUGAGUAUUACGGUGAUUCAGACAAAAUCGUGGACAGUCUUCUCAGAGAUCUGGAUAACUUGAAGACAUACGAGAUUAAGGGGAGAGUCAACCUCCCCGCCAUGAGUCGCUUUGUUCAGACCCUGCAGAUAUUCGAGACCCACGCAGAAGCCAUCGGCCUGUCCGGAGAACUAAACAGUAAGAUCAUGCUAAGUCAAAUAAAGCAGAAGUUACCGGAGGAACACCGGAUCGCCUACGAGCCUUGUGGUGAUGCUCCAGUCAUUCUACCAGAUCAGCUACGACAAUAUGAGCAUUUGAGUCAGGUCCACAUUCAUGUUGCUCCAUCGCAGACUAUCGAUUUACUCCUGGGUGUUGAUAACACACAUCUGAUGAUCUGGGAGGACUACAUCUGUGGUGAGAAAUUUGAUGAACCUGUAGCAGUCAGAUGCCCUUUAGGUUGGUUCAUCCAGGGAGGACGAUCUACAAGUUCGGCUACAUUGGUCAACUAUGUUAACGUGUCAGCCAUCGGCCCAUUAGAGGAGUUCCUCGGCCUAGAGGCGGUGGGAUUGGACCUAAGAGAUGUAGAUGUUCUGCCGAUCUCAUUGACAAGAACGCAACUGAUGACAUGCAGCGGAGUGUCACUCAACUGCCCGACGGGUCCUAUGAAAUUCGACUGCCAUGGAAGAGAUCACCAGAUGACCUGCCUGACAACUACGACUAUGCUGUCAAGAGGUUGA